AUGGCUCAAUUGAGUGAGGAGCAAAAACAGCUGGCCCAAUCACUUGCCGAUCUUCAGUCUGCUAUAACUGGACUCCCCGGCUCAUUGCCAGAAGCAGCCGAAGAUGGUCCAAUCAGUCAUCACUUACAUGAUCUCAGCGUUGAUGAAGAUGAAGGUCCAUUUUACUCAUUCAAUCGUGCCUGGGAACGGGUCUUUCAAUGCUCCGAGGAAGAACAGCAGAAACUGGUUGUGCGAGGAAAGCAUGGUAUCAUCCUUGCACAUAAUUUUGCUGCUCACUUUGCUGCAUUACCGAAAAUUGAGCAGCAUGAUGGACUCAACUUGAUGAAUGAACGCAUUGAAGUGCUUAUCAAAUUGCUUCAUGAUGUUGCUCCUACAGGGACUUCAAAAAAGGCUGCUAGUGGGCUUUUCCUCCGCAUUAAACGAACAUUAGCUAAAGAUGCCGAGAGCGACCUGGAUGAUCAUGAUUAUGUUCCACCACACAAAGACCCUGUUUCCGACAACGGUAGUAUAAGUGACAUUGAGGCAAUUCCAGCAAACGGCAAGAGUGGUAUGCCUAAGAAGAAGAAGCAAAAGACUUGGGCUCGAAGUGAGAAGUCUGAAAGUGAGAUUGAUGUCGAAGAGGUUGAGGUACAUGCUGGACAGAAUCCUUUGAAAGGACAAUGGGCAAUGCUACAGUUUGUUCCAUCACUUGCUACCAAUAAAAAAGGAGAUCCCGUGUGGAAAUGGAAGUGUAACUGGUGCGAGUUGCCACGAGAACAUUCCUUCAACUCGUGGUGUGCCCAGAAAUCAAAUGGAGUGCAAGUCUCUGUGGAAACUCCAGGUCCUGGUCCUCAAAGGCAGAUUAUGCAAGAUUUUGUGCAGCGAGGAAUCGAGCAUCCAGCCAAGCAGCUUACAAGAAAGACCUGGCAUGAAACCCUGGUGAAGGGUAUUGUUGAAGAUGACCUUCCAUACUCACUGGUUGAGAAACGAGGCAUGAAACGAACAUUCACACUGAUUCUGCCAACAGGUUAUUCAUUACCUUCACGUCAGACGACCAGCAAAAACUCAGUCUAUGCUUUUCUCGGUUCUGUGGUCUCCUGGAUCAAUGAUGAGUGGGAGCUCAUGCAAACUCCCCUGGAGCUUAUUCCACUUGACGGAGAUCAUUCAGGGAAAGUGUCUGGAAAGCUACUUUUCAAGGUGCUGAAGCAUUGGAAAUUGACAAGCAAGAUCAUACUGACGAAGUAUAAUACUGGGAGGGCAAUAUUGCAUGGUCUUCACUGUGCUCCAGACCCUGAGGAGGAAGAUCUCUAUGAGAGUGCUCGACAGUUCCUGAUUACAUACUCACCUGAAGAUGACCCCGAAGUCCAGCAAGAAAUGGAAGAGAUGCGAAAAGAGGCAGCAAAGAACAAUGAUGAGGAUGAUCCCUUGAAUGCCGAAUCAGAUGCAUAUGUUUCUAGUGAUGAUGAAAAUGCUGUGCCUAUGGGGAAGAGUGCGAGAAAAGCAAAGAAAAGUCAACAUCUCACUGCAGUCGAGAAGGCGAGUUGUUUUGAUAUUCUUGCUUCAGAGAUUUGUUGGAAAUGGAUGCGCCGACUUAUCCGUCAACUAUGUGAUGCACGUUACAAGGGUCUUGUUCCCAUUCGCAGCAUACCCAUUCGGUGGAAUACAACACUCGCAGAAAUUGACCGAGCUAUGAAGCUCAAGCCAGCAAUCAACCAAUGGGUUGAUCAACUCGAUGCAUGUCUCACUGGGGUAAAGAAGCGUGCUGCAAUCUGCAAGAAGAAGAAAUUGGCAUUGAGUCUUUUUUACACUUCAACACUCGACCUCUCCUGCAAACAUGUCCCUACCAUAUGCUACACUCUUCCAUUGUACAAACAGCUGGAGUUACACAUGGACACUUAUUGCCGUCAAGCCUCAGAGGAAAAUGACAUUCAUGGACUCGAAGAUGCACUCACAGCUGGCCUCAACAAACUUCGGAUUCACAUGGAGAAAGCUCUGGUAUCUGAUUACCCUUUGUUAGGUGCUGUUCUACAUCCAAGAAUGCGAGUCUCAUAUUUCGAUGAUGAGACCUUGUGGUCACACACCAAUCUUGCAGCUCGCAUGUAUACUCUGAGGACAGUGCAGACAACUCCUCCAUCACUCCCACUACUAGUACCAUGGAUCCUGUCUCACCCGUCAAAUGUUCUGCUUUCAAGAUCUCAGAACACAUUGUUUCUCAUUAUUGAGCGAGUAUCUCACUCCUCUCAAUAUUCCUGUGCUACUGUUGACGAUUCUGCCAUUGACGUCAAAGUUUUGGAAUACAAGGACCAGCAUGCCGAUGACUAA